GGAGCAAGCAUCGGUUGCUCCGGAGCUGGCCAGCUCCGUCAGUCGCUCCUGAGCUCCGUCAAUCACUCCUGGGCUGCAGUCACCUAUCCGGACCCGUUUUACCGCAUACGCGGAGCCUCACCGGGCCUUCACAACUGGACUGCCGACGUUAUCUACCCGAAGGAGAUCCGGCUGGCUCCUCCGUCGCGACGUUACCUGAACGCCCAUCUGCGGCCUGCUAACCGUUAGCUGUUUUACUGGCUGCUCUCAGAAUAGACAAUCGGACAAUUUAUUUAUUUGUAUGAUUCUGUUUCUUCUUGGGCCUCUAUAACCAUAUCUAUUGUUUUUAUUUUAUUUUUUGUUGUUGUGUGAUUUGGACUAAUCCCCUCUACCACACGGAACCCCACUAAUCUACUGACGGAACGCAAGAGGUGGCUAACAACAGACCUCCAUCCUAUGCUAGCUUGCUACCGAUGUCCUGGCUAGCUGUCUAAAUCGCCGUGACCCCCAAACCAACCACUCCACUCACUGGACUCUUUUGAUCACUCGACUAAGGAUGCCUCUCCUUAAUGUCAAUAUGUCUUGUCCAUUGCUGUUCUGGACGAAGUGCCUGUCAUGCUGAACUCACGACCCCAGACGGGGCUUUCUUUCUUGGCCCCAGAACCAGAAGAUCUUGAAGACCUUUACAGCAGAUAUAAGAAGCUGCAGCAGGAGCUAGAGUUUCUGGAGGUGCAGGAGGAGUACAUCAAGGAUGAACAGAAGAACCUGAAGAAGGAGUUCCUCCACGCCCAGGAGGAGGUGAAGAGGAUACAGAGUAUCCCCUUGGUCAUCGGCCAGUUCCUGGAGGCUGUGGACCAAAACACAGCCAUCGUGGGCUCCACCACAGGCUCAAACUACUAUGUGCGUAUCCUAAGCACCAUCGACAGAGAGCUGCUGAAGCCCAAUGCGUCAGUGGCCCUGCACAAGCACAGCAAUGCCCUGGUGGAUGUGCUCCCCCCAGAGGCUGACAGCAGCAUCAUGAUGCUCACAUCAGACCAAAAGCCGGAUGUGAUGUAUGCUGACAUUGGAGGGAUGGAUAUCCAGAAGCAGGAAGUGAGGGAAGCAGUGGAGCUUCCACUCACACACUUUGAGCUUUACAAACAGAUUGGCAUUGACCCGCCCAGGGGAGUUCUGAUGUAUGGGCCUCCUGGCUGUGGGAAGACCAUGCUAGCCAAGGCUGUGGCUCACCACACAACAGCGGCGUUCAUCCGCGUGGUAGGCUCCGAGUUUGUGCAGAAGUACCUGGGCGAGGGCCCCCGCAUGGUGCGUGACGUCUUCCGGCUGGCCAAGGAAAACGCACCCGCCAUCAUCUUCAUCGAUGAGAUCGAUGCCAUCGCUACCAAGCGUUUUGAUGCACAGACUGGAGCGGACAGGGAGGUGCAGAGGAUUCUGCUGGAGCUUCUCAACCAAAUGGACGGCUUUGACCAGACCGUCAACGUCAAGGUUAUCAUGGCCACUAACAGGGCCGACACCCUGGACCCCGCCCUCCUGCGCCCAGGCCGUCUGGACAGAAAGAUUGAGUUUCCCCUACCUGACCGCCGGCAGAAACGCCUGGUCUUCUCCACCAUCACCAGCAAGAUGAACCUCUCGGAGGAGGUGGACCUGGAGGACUAUGUGGCCAGACCAGACAAGAUCUCCGGAGCAGACAUCAACUCUAUCUGCCAGGAGGCUGGCAUGCUGGCUGUCCGUGAAAAUAGGUACAUCGUCCUGGCCAAGGACUUUGAGAAGGCCUACAAGACUGUUAUCAAGAAGGAUGAGCAGGAGCAUGAGUUCUACAAGUAGAAAGUAACCCCACCCCCACUUCUCCAUAAAAAAAAGAAAAAGGCAUUUAGACACAUUUUGUGAUUUGUGUGUGUUUGUACUACCUUGUCCGUUUGUGGUUUCACAGACUCUAACAUUGACCUUGGACUGAAUUUUGCUUAAUUUACUAAAGGGCCAUUGUCAACUCAGGGGCUGUGAUUCCAAACUUGAACACAGACAUAGUGAAUUGGAGUUGGGAAUUGGAAUGUGCCUGCUCUGCAGGUUCUUAAGUAUGACUGUAGCUAGUAUAAUGGCAUAGAGUUUGUACCUGUAAUGUACUCAUUGAUAAAACAGUACUCUAAAAAUAAGUUUUCCAUAAAAAUGUAAGAAAAGUA